AUGUCAUCUAUUCCUUCAAAUCAAAUAAUUUUUGAAUGGUGUGCAGACCUGAAAAAGCUUGAUUUAUAUCUUAACUCCAUAAAUCAAUCACAAAGCAAAGAAGGCGUAAUACUGUUAAAAACAUUACUUAAAAAAGAUGAUUUUCCAAAAAAUAUUACAUGUGAAAGCAUUGAUGAUUGUUUUUUUUUUUCAUUGUCUACACAUCAAUUCCAACUAGUUCAAGCUGCUUGCAAGGUGAUACUAAAAACUCAAUUGUCACUACAAAUUAUUGAAUCCAACACACCAAUAAAUGUUCAACCAGUUCUUUUUCGAAGCUUAUUGAGUUAUGGACGAGACUUCUUUGGGAAUGAUCCACAAAACAAUCCAAUUAUUUUAUAUCAUCGUUGGAUAAUAAGGUCAAGUUCAAAUAAUAUUGAAUUUGAAAUAAAUUUAGAUCAAAAUAAGAAAUCAGCAGAACUCUUAAAUGAAUUAUAUGUAAAAAUGACUGAGCAACUUAUGUCAAAUUCAACAACAAAUUCUGUUGACCGUUUAUUUUGUAAUCAAUUAGCCUAUGAAUUAGGCGAAUAUUAUUUUGCUGUUGAUAAACAUUUAGCAAUAGAUUUUUUAUGUAGGUGUCUAUUAGAAAGUGAUGAAUCAAUGAUAGACCAUCAAUUACUAUUAGAUAAAAAGAAAUUAGAUACUCAUUCACAUGAAGAACUUUCUUAUAGUCUUAGAAACAAUUUAGUGAAUGAGGCUAUGAAUUUACAACAGGAACAUUCUGCAAUUAAAAUAGCAAUCUGCAAUGCUUUAGAUUUAGAUGAAAAAAUGUUGGAUCAGAUACCUUUAUCAUGUAUUCAAUAUCUUGGCAAUUAUUUUAAUGAGGAACUUUUAAAAGAUAUUAUUGAAAUAUUUAAGAAAUUAUUUGGAAAUUAUCCUGGUGUUAAUAUGAGUGCAAAUAAAAGAGAAUUUAUCAUACAGCUUAUUAGUAAAAUUAAUAAUGAAGAUGUUUGGAAUUAUAUUUGUAAAACUGAAGAAGAAUUUUCUUCAUUAUUUGUACCAUAUAGUCACAACAUUGAUUCUAUGGAAAUUAUUGAGGUACUUGAUAAUCAACAAAAAGAUGAUUGGACAGAAAUUGAUCAUUUGAUAAAAGAUGAUAUUAAUAAUAGCCAUGAAAAUAUUAAUAAUCUAGACAAUUUAGAUACAAUUAAAACAUCUUGUAAUAAUAUUUUAAAUAGGAUUGGUAUUAUGAACAUACAAGUUCUUGAAAGUAUUGCAUUAAUUAUGAUUGAAUCUCAUUGUUGGGACUUUCUUGAAACAUUUUUAUCAAAUCUGAAUACAAGGAGGAAAAAUAUCAAUAAUGAAAUAAGAAAUAUUCGUGCAGCAUUUUAUAAUUUUGUUAAAGCUUUAACAUUCAGAGGAAAUGAUUAUAAAUUGGUUCUUGAUUUUUUUGUAAGAAUAAAAAAAGUUGUAUGGAUUCAUCAAAUUUUCAGAAGUUUAAUGGCAGGGUAUUUAUGUGAAACUCAAAGACAGAAAAAAUAUAAGAAAUUAAACACCCAAUUAUAUGGACCAUUCACAAUACUAAUGAUGUCAACUAGUUGUGCAACAGAAAUUUGGCCUGAUAGAGGAUUACAUCAAUUGAGAAAGGUUCUUAAUGAAAAAAUCAAAAGAAUAAGAUAUGAUAUAACUGAAAUAUUAAUUGAUUGGUGUAAGCUAUCUGCAAAAAAUGACAAUCAACCAACAUAUCAAACGGAUCUUAUUUUAUCAAAUAUUUAUUAUUUACAAGGCUCUCCAUUGAAAUCACUGAGUUUGGAUGCAAUUGCAUCAAUGACUUUUUUUUUUACACGAUUGGAAAAAAUUGAGGAAUCUCUUGUUUCAUUUGAACAAAUAAUAAGAUGUUGUAUCUCUAGAAAAGUAUUUCAUCAAUUUAAUCGUGAUGAAAUAACUUAUAUUGAAACCAGCUAUUUGCUUGACAUUUCUUUAAGUAAUGGGUCAUUGAAAACUUCCCAGUUUGCAAAUUAUUUAUGGGAAACCCAAUUAUUAAAAUAUAUUUGCAGUGAUGCAACAUCUUGUAAUGAAGUAGUUAAAUGGUUGAAAUCGAUUCUUUUUGAGGAAUCUCCUGAAAUGUUUCCAGAUAGUUUUGUACGAGAAGCCUACAAAAGAUACUUAUUUAGACCUAGAAUAAAACUUAUUGGAUUGGACAUUGAUCCAAAACAUUUAACUAAAAGAAUUGAAAGUAUAAAACAAGAUUUUCUUGUUGUUUUAAAUGAUUGGAUUAGCAAGGAUUAUGAGGGUUGGCGCCUCGUGGAAAAUAUGUUGGACAUGUCUAAUGCAUAUCCAAUGCCUGUGUCAAACUGA